AGUCAACAUGGCUGAACCCGAGUUGAAUGUUGAUAACCUGAUACAAAGAUUAUUAGAGGUACGAGGAUGUCGUCCAGGAAAAACUGUUACAAUGACAGAAGCGGAGGUGCGCGGACUUUGCCUAAAAUCACGGGAAAUUUUCCUACAACAACCAAUACUAUUGGAACUUGAGGCUCCUUUAAAAAUUUGCGGGGACAUCCAUGGCCAAUACACUGAUUUGUUGCGGUUGUUCGAGUAUGGGGGAUUUCCUCCAGAGGCAAACUAUUUGUUUUUGGGCGACUACGUCGAUCGUGGAAAACAAUCAUUGGAAACUAUUUGCCUUUUGCUUGCCUACAAAAUCAAGUAUCCCGAGAACUUUUUCUUACUGCGCGGCAACCAUGAGUGCGCCUCCAUUAACAGAAUUUAUGGUUUUUAUGACGAAUGUAAAAGGAGGUUUAACAUAAAACUAUGGAAAACAUUUACCGAUUGCUUUAACUGCCUUCCUAUUGCAGCAAUAAUUGACGAAAAAAUAUUUUGUUGCCACGGUGGCUUAAGUCCCGAUUUACAGAGUAUGGAGCAAAUUCGACGCAUUAUGAGACCAACAGAUGUUCCAGACACAGGUCUUCUUUGCGAUCUUCUUUGGUCCGAUCCGGACAAAGACGUGCAAGGGUGGGGCGAAAACGAUCGCGGCGUUUCGUUCACGUUCGGCGCGGACGUGGUCGGCAAGUUCCUCAACCGACACGAUCUCGAUUUGAUUUGCCGCGCUCAUCAGGUGGUCGAAGACGGUUACGAGUUUUUCGCGAAACGUCAGUUGGUCACCCUGUUCUCGGCGCCGAACUACUGCGGCGAAUUCGACAACGCCGGCGGCAUGAUGUCCGUAGACGAAACUCUAAUGUGCUCAUUUCAGAUAUUAAAACCAUCCGAGAAAAAGGCAAAGUACCAAUACCAAGGGGCCAACUCGGGCCGUCCAUCGACACCACAAAAAAACCCGACAACAAAAAAGAAAUAAAGAAAAAAAAAUCUGCCUGACUUUUAUUAUGUUUUUGUUUUUUAUCAGUGCAUUUUAAACAGCGAAUUAACAUUCUAUUAAAAAAACCAGUCAGUCUAUUUAGUGCAAAAAAUAUGUAUUGUAUAUUGUUUAACGUUAAAUUUAGUUCUAAUUGACUGAUUAUACAAUGAUUAGUUUUCGACUGACUGUGGAAUUGUAAUUUUAUGUUUCUGUAUAUUUUUAGAUUUUUAUUUAAUUUAACUUGUUUUAAAGGGCCCAAGUAACUGUCAGUAUUAUUUAUUGGUUGCGAUUUUUAUGACAAAAAAAAACAUGUUUGAUUUAUUACUUGUGCCCUUCAUUUGCAUUUAUGUAUUUAUUAGACGGCCAAAGAAUUUGUGAUUCGGCAUUAAUAUACUAAAACACCAAUUUAUUUGAAUAUUGUUGCCUGUCUAUCACUACAUUUUUCCUAAAUUAUUUCAUAAUUUCAUAUAACAAGAAAAUUCACAUCUAAUCACCCCAAUGGUUUAGACUGUCUGCAAUCUGUUUAUUACACGUACUAUAUUUUUAUUAUUUUGUUUGAAACAAAAAGCAAAGAGUUUUAUUGUAAUAAUGUACUUUCAAUAAAAAUAAAUAUAUAUUACUAAUUAUAA